UGGGCUCAGAGUGACCAUGAUCCUGCAACACUGGCGGCUGGUUUUGGCUGUGGAAUGCAUCUGUCUAUGCAUUUCCAGCUCGUCUUCGUUACGGAGAUGUGUUUUUCAAGUGACGUCACCGAACUAUGACAAAUACGCUGCUGCUAGAAAUGUGAAUGGAUCAAUACAGCUCUGUGAGAACACCCACUGCUGUGUGGGAUAUUAUGUGAUCAUGAACGGCCAGCCAAAGGUUGAUUAUCUUGCUUGUGAUAGUGUUGAAAAAUCCUGCCCAAGUUCAGUCUGCGAAACCCAUUCACACUUCAACAAUCGCUUCCUCCGGUGUGUGUGCAACACAGACCUCUGCAAUAGCAACAUUAUUUGGACCCCAGAGUCAGAAGAGCCUCCACACACCUACACUUAUCCUGCAGCUGAAAUCUUGAAAAUGGCUGUACCUCUGGCUGUGAUUUUGCUCGUCAUGUUUAUCAUGAUUAUUGCCACCAAAAGGAGAAGCCUUUUCAAAGAGAAAAAGCAGAAUCUACAAUCCUCCUGUGAUGACUACAGUUUACCAUCACCAUGCUCCUGUCAAACAGUCAAAUCCCCUGAGAUUGACUUUGCUCACAUUGAGCUACAGCAGAUUGUGGGCCAAGGACAUUUUGCAACUGUUUUUCAAGGGAAAUACAAGGGAUCUGUUGUGGCUGUGAAAGUUUUACCUGCGGACUGGAAACCUAAAUUUAUCACAGAGAAGGAGAUUUAUGAGCUACCACUGAUGACGCAUGCUGGGAUUGUGCACUUCCUCGGCACUGGGAGGAAACCAGAUGAUAACAGCUGCUUCAUUGUGCUGCAGUUUGCUGAAUAUGGUUCUCUCCAUUCCUUUCUGUCUAAACACACCACCAGCUGGAUGUCGUCACUGAAGUUGUGCCAGUCGCUAGCACAGGGGCUUUCCUAUCUCCACUCUGACCUUCACAGCAAUGGUGUGCAUAAACCCCCUGUGGCCCACAGCGACCUCAGCAGCUCCAAUGUGCUGGUGACAGCAGAUGGUACCUGCGUCCUGUGUGACUUUGGAUGCUCCACCAUCCUGCGUUCUUGGUCGGAGCGUCGCUGUUGCCAGAGCCACACCACAAACAUGGAGGGUCACGCUCAGCUGGGCACGCUGCAAUAUAUGUCCCCUGAAAUCCUGGAAGGUUCCGUAAACCUGAACAGCAGCGAGUUUCUUAUGCAGGCGGACGUCUAUGCUUUGGGACUGCUGCUGUGGGAGAUCUGGAUGCGCUGCUCGGAUUUAUUUGAAGGCGGUAUUGUUCCACAGCAUCUCGUGCCGUAUGAAUUGGAGCUGGGAGCCAAUGUAACACUGGAGAGCCUCAUCUCUUACGUGUCUCACAAGGACAACAGACCCUCCAUACCUAAACACUGGCAACUGCUACCACAGGGAUCUGCAUUGGAGGAGCUCCUGGAAAACUCCUGGGACUGUGAGCCAGACGCCCGGCUGACGGCUCACUGUGUUGUGGACAGAUUAGUCUCUAUUCAGUCUUCUUGCUCCCUAUGACUUUCCUGUCUUGUGUUCAGGUUGACUUGUUGUAUAUAAAUACAAGUAUCUGUACUGUUCUCCUUUUGUCACCAGCUUCUCAGUAGACUUUGAUGAGAUUGAUGAACACUUCUGAGAGAUCCACCUGUGACGUGAUGUGGCCGAGACUCCUCUUUUUAUCAUUGACACUGAAAGCAAACAAUGAUUACAAUUAGACAAUGAAAGAAAGAGGACACAAAGAAAAAAUUGUGAACAUGAACAUUGCUUCCAUCUGUUCUUACAUUUUUAGCUGCUAGGAUCCCACGUGUAAUCAAAUCCAGGUCAGCCUCUGAUUGAUCUGUGCAGAAAAAUAAAGUGUACCGCUGUAACAAUGCAACACAUUCUAGCAUUGACAUUUACAUUUUUUUAAAUCUCUCGCUUUGACAAACAAAAAAUAAUUAUGGCUAAAAAAAAAAAACUUGUCAAGCAGUUUUAUAGAUCUAAUGACAUUUUUUUAGUUUAAUAUAGAUGUAGCGUAACUAACAGUUUGCCUGUGUUUUAUCUGUAACUGUAUUUAGAGGAAAGAGGAGUUUUUCAAUGCUCCUGGUACAAAACUGAGACAUUGCAGGAAGUGGAGUAUUUUGUUUGAAGUACUUUUGAUUACUUUGCUUUGAAGAUCUUUUUCUCGAUUUGUAGAUGUGUUAAACCUUGAAUAAACCAAAUUGUACCC